CGGACGGUGACGUCACGGGCUCGGGUCCCGGCGGCAGAAAUAGGGCAGCCGCGGCGGCGGUGGCACAGCGGCGGGCAGCGGCGGGCUCGGAGAGCUGGAGCCGUGACAGCCUCCCGCGCGCCCGGGACCCACCGACAGCCGGAGAGACCCAGCGAAAGACGCGGGCUCGGGUGGCCGUCACCGCGGCCGCUCCCGGGCGUUCCUUCCCGCUCUGCCGAGUCCGGCCACCUGGUCUUCACCUCGGCCCCGCCGCCCCAGACUCAACAGAAUGGCACUGGGAGGCUUCGGGCUGCACCUCGCUCUGCUGGCAGCCUCCCUAACCGCUGCAUUGGGAUGGAUGGACCCCAGAACCAGCCGAGGACUGGCCGCAGGAAUGGGGGAACCGCCGGCAGAGGAACCGAGAAGAUUUGCAGUCUCAAGAAGAGAAGGCUUCGACCUUGGGCUGCCGACCACCUGCGGGAAGCUCUGUGGCCGAGGGAGCAGCUGCGUGCGCAGCCAAGAGACCGGCCGGCCCGAGUGCCGCUGUCUGCAGACCUGCCGGCCCAGCUACGUGCCCGUGUGUGGCUCCGACGGCAGGUUCUAUGAGAACCACUGUGAGCUGCACCGCACUGCCUGCCUGCAGGGUAGGAAGAUCUGGGCGGCGCGCAGCAGGGACUGCUUCCUCAAAGGUGACCCAUGCUCCGUGGCUGACUAUGCCCGCCUGAAGAAUGCCCUUCUGGUGCUCCAGGCCCGCCUGCAACCCCUGGGGGGUGGGGGCCAUGGGCAGGAGCCUGCCUCGAAGAAACGCCUGCUGGUGGAAGCGCUGUUCCAGCAGCUGGACACCGAUGGUGAUGGCCACCUGGGCGGUUCAGAGCUAGCCCAGCACGAACUGAAGGAGCAGGACCAGGAGGGAGACUUCCUGGGGUGCUCACCAGGCGAUCUCCUCCGCUUCGAUGACUACAACAGCGACGGGUCCCUGACGCUGCAGGAGCUCUACACGGCCUUCCAGGUGGUUCAGCUCAGCCUGGCCCCCGAGGAGAGGGUCCUUGUGACCACUGUGACCGUGGGCAUGAGCACGGUGCUGAGCUGCGCUAUCCAUGGAGACCUGCGGCCCCCCAUCAUAUGGAAGCGCCACGGGCUGGCCCUCAACCUCCUGGACUUGGAAGACAUCAAUGACUUCGGAGAGGAUGCCUCCCUCUACAUCACCAAGGUGACCACGGUCCACAUGGGCAACUACACCUGCCAUGCUGCCGGCCACGAGGAGCUGUUCCAGACCCACGUCCUGCAGGUGAAUGUGCCACCCGUCAUUCGUGUCUACCCAGAGGCUCAGGCCCAGGAGCCCGGGGUGGCAGCCAGCCUGAGGUGCCACGCCGAGGGCAUUCCGGUCCCCAGAAUCUCGUGGCUAAAAAAUGGCAUGGACAUCUCGGCCCACGUGUCGAAGCAGCUCUCCUUCCUAGCCAAUGGGAGCGAGCUCCGCCUGGGCAGUGUGCGGUACGAGGACACUGGGGCCUACACCUGCAUCGCCAGGAACGAAGUGGGCGUGGAUGAGGAUAUCUCCUCACUCUUCAUCGAGGACUCAGCCAGGAAGACCCUGGCAAACAUUCUUUGGCGAGAGGAAGGCCUCAGUGUGGGAAAUGUGUUCUACGUCUUCUCCGACGAUGGCAUCGUUGUCCUCCAGCCUGCAGACUGUGAGAUUCAGAGGCACCUCAGGCCCACAGAGAAGAUCUUCAUGAGCUCUGAAGAAAUCUGCCCUCCAGGGGAUGGUGAGGCCCUCCAGCCAUGCCAGUGGGCAUCAGCCGUGAACGUCAGGCACCGGUACAUCUAUGUGGCCCAGCCGGCACUGAGCAGAGUCCUGGUGAUCGACGUCCAAGCCCAGAAGGUCCUACAGUCCAUAGGUGUGGACCCUGUGCCAGAUAAGCUGUCCUACGACAAGUCACAUGACCAAGUGUGGGUCCUGAGCCGGGGUGAUGGGCCUAAGUCCCAGCCAAGCCUCCAGGUGCUAACGGAGGCCAGCAGCGGACAGGGCCAGCACCUGGUCCGUGUGCCCUUUUCUGGAGUGGAGGAUUUCUUCAUCCCCCCCACCAACCUCAUCAUCAACCAUGUCAGGUUUGGCUUCAUCUUCAACAAGUCGGACCCCGCUGUUCACAAAGUAGACCUGGAGAGCCUGGUGCUCGUCAAGACCAUCAGCCUGGAGGGCCAUGGCUGCGUGCCCCAGGCCAUGGCCCACACACACCUGGGUGGCUACUACUUUAUCCAGUGCCAGCCGGGUCAGGGCAGUGCCCCGCAGCUGCUCCUGGACAGCGUCACGGACUCUGUGGUGGGCCCCAACGGCCACGUUGCCGGCACCCCGCACACGUCCCCCGAUGGGCGCUUUGUGGUCAGUGCCGCCAGCGGCAGCCCCCAGCUGCAUGUGCAAGAGAUCACCGUGCGAGGCGAGAUCCGGACCCUCUACACUCUGAGAGCCAGCGGGGGUAUUGGGGACGUGGCCUUCCAGCGCUCCUUCACCAAGGGCAACCAGUACCACGCCUACGCCACGCUGGAGGCCGAGCCCAGGCUGCUGUUUGUGGAGCUGGCCACAGGGAAGGCGGGGGUGCUGCAGAACUUGAAGGAGCCACCCCAGGACCUUGCCCGGCCCCGGGGAGCGCCCCACAGGAUCGUGAGGGACAGUGGGUUGUUUGGACAGUACCUCCUCACACCGGCCCAGGCAUCACUGUUUCUAAUCAACGGGAGGCAGAAGGCCCUGCGGUGUGAGGUGGCCGGCGUUCCGAGGGGGACCACGGUGGUGUGGGUGGGCGAGGUAUGAGGGACGCCCGAAGACAAGAUCCCCCUGCCUCCCCAGAAAAGGAGGCCCACCUGGUCCGGACCCCGCCAACCCCCAAGCUGGCGCGCUCUACAUUUUCACAGACAAAAGCAAAAUCUGUCUCCACUUCGUGGCUCCACACUGGUCUCCUUGCAGUGUCCCAGGCUGAGGCCUGCACUGCUAGAGAAACUGGGGUGCCCCCCCGGGGAGACUGAUCCUCUGUGCCGAGAGCCCUGGUGCCCAGGGAAGGGACCAGCUGCUCUGCCUGUCCCUGCGGACCCAGGGGCAGUGUCCCACCUAUCCCCCUGUGGCCUUCACGUCCCUGCGCCCCUCCACCACCACCCGCGCCCUCCUCUGGGCCCCACUUUCUCCUCUCCAGCUGCUUCUUAAUUCUCUUUCCUUUUGACUCGUUCUGGACCUGAGGCAGAACCAGCAGGUCAUUGCCUCAGUGGGGUGGGGAAAUCAUCACUUUAUUUUGCAAACUUUGAUUAAAAAUUAAUUUUCUAUAAUUGCAAGUGCUAGUCAGCAGAAAGAGGCACUCUGGGGUCCAGCUUCCUGCCACUGGUCCACAAGCCUGCCUGUCUCCACACCGCUGACCACCCUCAGGCUGACCGCCAUAGGGCGGACACGGGGACAGACCCCAGGGGCCUGCUUUUCACCACCAAAGGGAAACAUUCUUUGAGUGGGGUUCAGCACCCCCAGUUCAGGACUGUGCUUGCCUGACGGAGCUG